CGACGAGACUCCAGGGUUUGGCCCGGGAGCCGGGGCGCGCACAGAUCCCCCGCCCCACAGUUCUGGCCGCAGUCCCGGUGCGCACGGACGUGGCUCGAGUUUCCUCUGCUCUUGAUCGCUCUCCCCUUCCCGCUCCUCCUUCUCUCCAGGUCUCCCGCUCCGGCUCCAGCUCCACCCGGCCGGCCCCGCACGGCUCCGGGUAGCCAUGGAGGACGUCACGCUCCACAUCGUCGAGCGGCCGCUGCCCGGGUACCCCGACCCCGAGGGCCCGGAGCCCUCCCCCGUGGGGGCGCCGGCAGCGGAGGAGCCGUCCGGGGCCGGCUCUGAGGAGCUGAUCAAGUCGGACCAGGUGAAUGGCGUGUUGGUGCUGAGUCUUCUAGACAAAAUCAUCGGUGCCGUCGACCAGAUCCAGCUGACCCAAGCCCAGCUGGAGGAGCGGCAGGCAGAGAUGGAGGGCGCCGUGCAGAGCAUCCAGGGCGAGCUGAGCAAGCUGAGCAAGGCACACGCCACCACGAGUAACACAGUGAGCAAGUUGCUAGAAAAGGUGCGCAAGGUCAGCGUCAACGUGAAGACCGUGCGCGGCAGCCUGGAGCGCCAGGCCGGCCAGAUCAAGAAGCUGGAGGUCAAUGAGGCCGAGCUGCUGCGGCGCCGCAACUUCAAAGUCAUGAUCUACCAGGACGAAGUGAAGCUGCCGGCCAAACUGAGCGUCAGCAAGUCGCUGAAGGAGGCGGAGGCGCUGCCCGAGAAGGAGGGCGACGAGCUGGGCGAGGGCGAGCGGCCGGAGGAGGACGCGGCGGCGCUCGAGCUGUCGUCCGACGAGGCGGUGGAGGUGGAGGAGGUCAUCGAGGAGUCGCGCGCCGAGCGCAUCAAGCGCAGCGGCCUGCGGCGCGUGGACGACUUUAAGAAGGCCUUCUCCAAGGAGAAGAUGGAGAAGACCCGCGUGCGCACGCGCGAGAACCUGGAGAAGACCCGCCUCAAGACCAAGGAGAACCUGGAGAAGACGCGGCACACCCUGGAGAAGCGCAUGAACAAGCUGGGCACGCGCCUGGUCCCCGCCGAGCGGCGCGAGAAGCUCAAGACGUCGCGCGACAAGCUGCGCAAGUCCUUCACGCCCGACCACGUGGUCUACGCGCGCUCCAAGACGGCGGUGUACAAGGUGCCGCCCUUCACCUUCCACGUCAAGAAGAUCCGCGAGGGCGAGGUGGAGGUGCUGAAGGCCACCGAGAUGGUGGAGGUGGGCGCCGACGACGACGAGGGCGCCGAGCGCGGCGAGGCCGCCGACCUGCUGCGCGGGAGCAGCCCCGACGUGCACACGCUGCUGGAGAUCACCGAGGAGUCGGACGCCGUGCUGGUGGACAAGAGCGACAGCGACUGAGCAGGACGCGGGCCCUGCCUCUCCCCGUCCCCACCCUGUUCCUUUCCCUUUCUGAACUUUCUCUUUCGCAUUCUCUCUCAGCCCCCAGCUGGCUGAGAUGUUUCUAGAUUUAAACCACCUGCCUUCAAGGAGCACUCCUCCGAGCCUUGCAGCUGUUAAGCCGGGAGAGGGAGGCAGCCCCCACAGUGGAGAGCCCCAGUUUGGACGUAGUACGGGUGGAAAUGGGAAGGGGAGUGAUCCACGUCCCGGUUGUCCUGAAGGAAACUGCUGUGAUUCCACAGUCGGCCCCCCUUUCGGGGCUUCCUUCCCCUCAGUUUCCCCCCCACUCACUCCCUGCUCACGGAGCUCUUCCCUUCCUUUUCAUCCUGACCCCUGGGGCUUCAAAACCAAAAUUACCCAAAGAGGAAAGAGUGAAUCCUACUAGAAGGACAUGAAAGCAGCUUUGGGGGGAAACUGAGGCAGUGGGGCAGAGGGCAGAGUGAGCCCUCAGCCCAGAUGAGGGUCCAGCGCAGGCUCUGUCUGCAAAGGGUCCCAACCAGAAAGGCUGGAGCCGAGAGGAGCCCCGGGGAAGGACGGGAUGGGGAACACAGGGAGCACAUUCUAUGGCUUUGGGAAAGAGAAUGGGCAAACAGGAGAAGGUGGAAAUGGUGAAGAGAGAAAGAAAUUUCAUUAGCAGCACGAGAAACCCGUCUUACCAGGUUCUCAGAGGGCACCAGGACCAUUUUCAGAAGCAGGAGGGAGAAUAGUGUGAGAACGCGAUGCUCCAAGGAGGAAAGAGAGGUAAGCCUAACCCGAUCCCUCAACUGGGGUCUGGGUGGUGCCCCCCAGGGCAGCCUAUUCCUUGAAGCCCAGAAAGUUAGGGUCCCAGAAGGAGGUAGCAGUUGGCUGGGAGCUAGGGGUCGGGCGUGCUCAUGGCCAGGCCACCAAGCUGAGAGCUGGAGGGGAGGUGGGACAGCACUGGUUCCUCCAGGCUGUUUCUUCUCCAGAUCCCUCCCUAGAGCUAGUGUCACAGAGCUGCAGAACUUGCUGAGAUAUCCACGGUUCCUUGUCCUUAGGGGUGCCUUUCCUGAGUCUUUGGGGGGUGAGGGGAGUGCUGCUUCCUGUCCAGAGGCCUGAUGUCUGUUGGCCACUGACCAGGUUCUCCUCUGGACACUUCAGUCCCCCUGUUCCUCCCCAUUAAAGGUAGUUUGUCAGAAACAAGGGCACCCUCUCCCUCCAAGUCACAGCUAAAGGGAGGGCUGGAGGGCUCCCUCCUUCUCCCCCCACCAAUCUUCCUUGUUCAGCUUUUUAGAAUUGCAGCUAAUUGUUUUAAGGGGUGGGGGAGGGAGCCUGGGGACACAAACCUUUUAUACAAUACAAAGCUUUGCUUUUUUUUUUUUCUCCUUUCUUUUCCUUUUCUGGGUUCCCUUCUCUCCUCUGAAUGGUUGGAGACAUGUCAGUUGAGGGAGGAUGGGGAUUGUGGGACAAGGUCCCUUGGUGCUGAUGGGCUGAAGGGGCCUGAGUUGUGGGCAGAUGCAGUUUUCUGCGGGCUCUAGGGAACCUCUCCCGUUGCUGUGUCCUGGUGAGCAGCCUGACCAAUAAACCUGCUUUUCUAAAAGGA